ACACGUCACACCCACCACACAACAUCACACACAGCAUACACCCUCCUUCCACCUUCACCCUCCACCCGGGCUCUCACAGUCAAAUGCAGUCGACCAUCGGAGCGGCAACCCCACUACAGAAAAUGCUCCCUUCGUGUCUGUGCUGGCUCCUACUGCCCUGCUGCUGGCUCUAUGUGCGGGCUAUACCGUCCACCAACAUCAAGAUCACACAAGCGUUGCCCCUGCAGCUGCCCGAUGCCACCCAGCCAGCGCCGUGCCCCCUCUUCUGGACGGAGUUCGAGGGCAACUGCUACCGCUUCUUCCCUCUCAACCGCACAUGGGCUGAGGCGGACCUCUACUGCGCAGAGUUCUCCAAUGGACACCGCUCCGCCAAGCUCACCUCCAUACACAGCUGGGAGGAGAAUGUGUUUGUGUACGAUCUGGUGAACAGCCGCAUCCCUGGCAUCCCCACGGACAUCUGGAUAGGCCUUCACGACCGACGACAGGAGGGCACCUUAGAGUGGACGGACGGCUCCACGUUCGAGUACAGCUACUGGGAUGGCAACCAACCGGACGACGGGAUCCACCGCAUCCCCGUGGAGGAAGACUGCGUGGAGAUGUGGUACAGGCAGAACAGCGCUCUGAGGUCCUGGAAUGACAACAACUGCGACCAAGCCUUCCCCUUUGUGUGCAAGAUCCCCACACUGGAUAAUUAAGUGUGUCCUGCUGCUGUUGCUGUCUUCAAUUGCUCCGACACUCUCCCUCAGCCAACCAGCCAUCCAGCCAGCCAUCCUCCUGCCCUUGCUGCUGUCUCUCACUGCUCCAACGGUCUCCCCGAGCAAGCCAGCCAACCUCCUGCGGCCUAUACCACACAGCUUGUUCAGGAGUCAA